AUGGACACUCAGAAGGACCUUCAGCCUCCAAAGCGGCAACCAAUGAUACAUAUCUGUGGAGAACGUCACACAGAAAAUGAAAUAAAAUCCAGGGAUCCAAUCAGAUGCAGAGAAUGUGGAUACAGAAUAAUGUACAAGAAAAGGACUAAAAGAUUGGUCAUUUUUGAUGCUCGAUGA